AUGCCAUUUCAAGAUUAUUUUCAGAAGAAAAAAGCAGCGUUCAUUAACAGAAACAAUAAAAGUAACGCAGAUGCUUCAGCGCUACGAGAUAUUAACGAUAUUAACAUAAAUUUCGCCGCCAAGAGCAAAAACUACGUGUUCCCGCUAACAAAGCUCCCCGAUGAGCUCAUGCAAGAAGUAUUCUCUCAUUUGCCGCAACCAGACCGCUUGCAGCUUUGCCUUGUGAACAAAAGGUUGAAUAAGAUCGCUACCAAACUGCUUUAUAGAAGAAUAUAUUUGAACGACUCAAAUGUAGUGAAGAGUGACUUCAUGCAUCUCGCAAUUAAUUGGACCCUACUGAACUUGCCGUCUUCGUUGAAAGAAGAGGAGUCCCGCGAUAUCGCCAACUGCAAAUUGAAAAAACUUAUAGAAACACUGCAAAAUAAUAUUCACAUUACUGAAGUCAUCCAGUGGAUAAGGAUCAACUGGGAUUUGGACUCUACCUUGCAAAGGUCCAUUCUCAGCAUCCUUUGCAAUCAGGGCAAGUCCUUGCAAAGACUAGAAAACGUCACUGACCCGGCUUGUAACGAUAUCAUCUCCAAUGGUCACUUUUCCAGGAGCAACGUCUCAAGUUUCGACAUGGCUCCUCCAAAUUCAUUGCCUGAGAUGGUUGUUCCCGAAAAUUACAUUCCGAAUCUCACCAAAUAUCUUUCACAGCGUAUCUCUUCUCGGCUUUCUCAUAUGACUUUAUUCAUCGACCCUUUAAAACUGUUCAAUUAUCUUUACCCUUUAGAUAUCAAGUUACAAAUCAUCGAUUUAAAAUUGCAUUGGAGGAGGGAGUUUUACAAUAAUGAUUAUUUUGUUAAAAAGAUACGACCCGGCAAUCCUCUGACUAAACUAUCGGAGGUUUUUGACAAGAGGACAUUGAAAAUUCUUACCAUCAUUUCUUGGAAUGACACUUUGUUAAAACGCGAGACAGAAAUGCUGAAAGAUUUUAAAGAAUUUGAGAACCUGGAAGAUUUGUCUUUGAUUUCUAUUAAGCAGGAUGUUCAUAUCCUCGUAGAUCUUUUUAGUUCGUUAACCAAUUUGAAAAGACUAAAAAUGGAUUUCUUAGAGGAGUAUGUACCUGAACCCACAAAUCCUCACAUAUUUCUCUCCAUUCUUUUAGCUUGCUCCAAAUUGCAAUUCAUAGAUCUGAGAUACGACGGUCUUAUCCCACAAAUCAUCAAUAUUCAAGAAAAUAAGUUCCAACUAAAUCAGCAAUGCAACUGCACAAACUGUCAAAUAGUAUUCAGUGACAUUCUGAAGGGCAAAAUAUUCAUGUUCCCUGAAGACUACUAUAUUCACGAUCUUCAAGACAUUGCUGCAAAGGAUAUUUUUAAAAUGAUGAAAUACCUAUCUUUGUUACCAUACUCUAAAGCUUGUGAUGCUUAUCCGAGCGUUAGAACACAACCAAUGAAUUUGACUAAUUUUGUGACCAAGAUGAACCGCAACCUUUUGGAAUAUAGAAAUUCUAAAUCCCAGUUGGUGCCCAAAAUCGUUAAUAACCCACAUCAACACUCCACCGUGACUUCCACAUCAACCGCUCAUAUGAGCGAGCCCGAAAUGAUAAUAAUCGAUGACGAUGAUGAUGAUGAUGAAAUUAAUGCGGCCAUUCCUCCAAGUAGUGAUGACACAGCAGCUACAAUUUCCACUGACCUGGAACUUCCUCAUGAAUCAUUGACCAAAAGAGAUAUUAUUAUGUGUUAUCACGCUCUUAUCCAUCACUUCAAGUCGAUUUACGUUACUUUUUUGAAAAGUUUUCCUCAUUUGAGAUUCUUGAUGUUGAAUGACAUUCCCACAAUAGUUAUGGAGGAGAAUAAUGAACGUAUUUUUGAACCCGUCUUUUAUCAUUAUGAUUAUAAGAGUAAUCUGUAUGGAUGGUCAAAGGAAUCGAACAAGAAUCUGGAGAACGACAGCAACAACAACAAUAAUAAUUCUGAUACCAUUGCAAGAAUAGCCACUGUUAUGUAA